CAAAUUGCGCGCGUCUCGCAAACGGACGAUUCUACUCCAAUGUUAGUAUGUGUUAUUCGUAUAUCUAAAAGCACGUGAGCUUAACAGACGACGCGAAGUCACGUGAUAUUUUCAGCCGGCAGCUGUGUGUUAUCAUUACAUUACCUAGCGCGCUUGAGGCCGGUAAAAAUACAGCUGAAAUAGAAACUAGUUAAGGUGUUUUUCAAACCGGGUAAAGAGUGUAAACAGUCCUAAAUGAAGACACACCCUAACCACUGAGUUCCACCACCAUCCAUACUUCGUUAAAAAUAAAAAGAACCUAAUCAAGGAAAGCAAAUAAGGUAAAGCCAAGUCAUGGAUGGCAUUGGUCUGUAUCACACAUUUCUACAGAUCCAUCGACCCCAGCUACAAUCUUCAGGAGUACCGGAAGUAUUCUGGGAAAUAUUGUUCAAGAAGCUGAAAGGCCAGGUCUUCGACUCCGGGAUGAUAUUUCAGCUGGCGAGAAUCGACUACGAGGAAAUUGAGCGACCUCCGACAGAGCCGGUCUGGAAGUUGUUUGUGUCCUCGGAGAGCACCGUUUCGGCUAAUAAUCCGGAGAACAUUUACCUGAUCGAUCAUGCGUGGACUUAUAGUAUCGACUCAGCCAGACAGAAUCUGCUUCAAGUUCCUGGUUUGCUGGAUCGAAUGUGUACUCUGAUGGGCCUGGAUGCAGACGAGUCUGUCAAUAACGAAGAAAAGACGGAAUACGUCCUGCGUGAGAUGUGGCGAUACAAUCAAUCCUAUGCUCUGCGAGACGCAGCCAGUGUCGAAGACCGCAUGCCCGUUUGGUACAUCAUGGACGAGGUUGGAUCUGCCAUCAACCAUUCUGAUCAACCCAAUUUUCGCACUGUUCCAUUUCUCCACGUUCCAGAAGGUGUUACUUACACGCUUUUAUAUCCGCUUAGGGAUGUGGAACCGGAUGAAGAGGUCACCAGAGACUUCGUCGAGGGACAGACUAACGAUUCGAUCACUAAACGUGCUCUGCUUCUACCAUGGCGGAAGGACGAUAGCUUCGUUGACGAGGAUUUCACUCAUAUAGAACCUGGCGAUGAUUAUUUCCUCGAAGGACAUGUCAGGGAGACUCUGGCGGAGGUUAAUACUGCGCCUCAGCUAAACCCAGGAGAAAGAAUCAGGGUCUAUUCACAGUACAAUCUUGUCAAAGAGUUUCUGACCAAUCCUUUGUUCGAGAUAGUGGACAGUGAGCAAGACGCCAAUAUUUUAUGGCUCACUUCUCACUUCAAAGAGUACAACGAGCUUAGCACCGAUGCUCCUAAUGUAUUUGUUAACCAAUUUCCGUUCGAAAAUGUUAUUACUAUCAAGGACCUGCUGUGCGUUGUCUGCAGAAGACACGCAGAUGCCAAGAAGUGCGACUUUGAUACGCUUGAAACUUAUCCGUUAUGGUUGCCGACUACUUAUAACUUGAGAACUGAAUUAGUCAAGUUCGUUUCUUACUUCGAAAGGAGACAAGCCAAGGGACUGGACAAUCACUGGAUCUGUAAGCCUUGGAAUUUGGCUAGGGGUCUGGACACUCAUAUAACGAAUAACUUGUAUCAGAUAUUGCGGCUUCCCAGCACCGGUCCAAAAAUAGCCCAAAAGUAUAUAUCGGAUCCAGUUUUAUACUCCCGACCUGAAAUAGGAAGAGUUAAAUUCGACGUCAGAUAUGUAGUAUUAUUGAAGUACGUCCAACCAUUGACCGUGUACGUUUAUUCAAAUUUCUUCCUCAGAUUUGCGAACAAAGAAUUCGCCCUCAAUAAUUUUGAUCAGUACGAGCAGCACUUCACAGUAAUGAACUACGUCAACGACAAUACGUCUCUGCAUCAUGUAAAGUGUGCUGAUUUUAUUCACGAAUGGGAAAAACAGUAUCCCAAAUUUUCUUGGCGAAACGACGUGGAGAAAAAGAUCCUCUCAAUGUUGAAAAAGGUCUUUCAGGCUGCGGUUGCGGAAAAACCACCUCGCGGAAUUGCCCACAAUUUGCAAAGUAGGGCACUUUACGCUGCUGACAUAAUGUUGGAAUGGAGGGACAAAGAGAUCAACCCAGUAUUAUUAGAAGUUAAUUUUACGCCAGAUUGUAAAAGGGCUUGCGAUUAUUAUCCAAAUUUCUACAACGAUAUAUUCAAACUUCUAUUCUUGGACGUUGAAAACCCGACUGUUUUCCACAAGCUGUAAACCUGAUUAUCGUAUCGCUUAUUUUCAUUACCAAUAUUCGAUACCUUCAGUGUUCAAAUGUACUGAAUAUUUAAUAUCGUUACUAUUUUUCCAGUCAUUAAUUUACUUUGUAUAUAAUUGCCUUGCGACAUUUUUGUCAUAAUUAAUUGUCAGUUUUGGAUUAAUUGAGAAAUGUUGUAAGAAUGACUUUUUAACACUUUAAUUCAUUUCGUGCCUAACGAUCAAACGUGUAUUCAUAUUUUGUACACGAGUAUAACAACUGUACCUACGUUAAUAA